CGAUCUCCGUGCUGGACGAUUGUUCAGGCUACAGACGGAUGUUUUACAACACAGGGCCUUGUGUGUGAGAAACUGUGCAGAUACAGACUUGAUUUUUAAAAAACACACAAUAGACUGUGACUAUUAUUUAUAUACGGGAUUGGUGUUGGAACAAGAGGUUAUUGUAAAACAAACAUAUACAUGGUGGUAUCAUAGUGCUGAUUCAUAUCGGCACUUAUUUCUCAAUGUCGGCACGCAAUUCGCCUGGGGAGAAGGAGUUCAGAAUGAAAAGUCACAUCAAACCAAGAUAUACAGAUCUACUGGCUGACUUCAGACGUAAGGGAAUGGCUCACAGGAUUCCGAUACAUCAGGACGACCUGAGUUUCGAGGAGAGACAGAGUAAGAUUUGGGAAGAUAUGGAGAAAGACAUGGAGCGUCGCCGGAAGGAAUGGGAGACCGAGAUCGACAGCAUGCGGACAGACUUCUUCCACAUGAAGCCGGACGAUAAUAAACUGGAAUCGAUGACUGACCGGCUCGGGAUAGCGGACAGUCGGGGUUCGUCGGACGCACGGACAACCAUAGACAAAGAUCAGAACGGCCAGCCAGUGUAUCGAGCCAUGUUUAACGUAAAGGAUUACAAACCUGAUGAAGUGAAUGUAAAAAUGGACGCUGAUAAAUUAAUCGUGACCGCCAAACACGAGGAAAAGAAUGAGGGGAAAUCAGUGUGUCGAGAGUUCAGUCGGGAAGUUAAUAUUCCCCGGGAAGUGGAUCCAAUGUCCCUUGGGUGUACCAUUUCGUCCGAUGGUAUCCUCACGGUGGAGGCGCCCCUCCCUACCCCACAAUACCCACCCAUCACAGACAACCGAGGUGCUGCUCAAAGGAUCAUUCCAACAGCAUCACCUUCUGUAGCCGCAGCUGCACCGCCUCCUCCACCUGCAGCGCCCUCUGGCGGUCCCAAUCCAACAACACAUACGUCCACCUUCAAGACAUUCAUGUCACCCAAGGGAAAUGUACAGUCGUUUAACCCCAGCACGCCUCCCAUGGGGUCAGUAAAUCCAGCUCACUCCAUGCCGUUCUCUCCACAAACAUUCUCAACAAGUAACGUGACCUCGUCCUCAUCCAAGAUUGAUACGCGAAGCGGUUCCGGUUCACCCGCCAAUACUGAAGGAGAACGCAAAUACAGAGUGGAAAUUGACAUUGAAGAUUUUAGUCCAGAAGAACUAACAAUUAAAACAGUUGAUCAGAAAUUGAUGAUAAGCGCUCGCAGAGAAGAAAGGAUCGGAACGAGGACGUCGACGAAGGAACUAAACCGGGAAAUUAGUCUACCAGACACUGUCGAACCGACAGCCGUGAAGGCAUUCUUCUCAGAUAGUGGAAAACUACUCAUAGAAGCGCCUUACCUAAAAGCGUUGGCGGUGGGACAUUACACACAGGGACGUGAGGGGUCGCCAAUGACGGGACGAUAGGGCGCACUGUGCUUGAGCGCACCUAUGGGACCGUGCGGAGUUUCGCGGGUGAUGAGACGAUAACGUUAGCUACGAUGCAACUAAACGCUGCUCUUAACAUGCAACGGUCAAGGUCACAGAUAAUGAGAAAGUAUGGCGCUCUGCGGUACUAUUUUCAUCCUGCGCUCCGUCAUUGUUCUCUAAGUUAUUAGUUCCGUUUCGUGUUUUACAUGUACACUGUAUAUGCAUUUAUUAGGUUAAAUAUGUGCAGCAGCUUUAUUUAUGUCCAUUAUGAAUUGAGGCAAUUGUAAUAUUCCGCUGGUGACGUAAUCGUACUAGCAGUCAAUAUGACGUAACACUAUUCAUGAAGGAUGAAAACAGAUGAUUAUCUUUGAAAAUUUUACCAUACAUGGACAUUUUAUGGAAAAUACUCCGAUAUGAAGGUCACAGCGGAGGAUGUGACGACAUUUACGAGAAACGUCACUGCUCGCUAGAACGCCAAAUCUCUCUUUUUUGGGCCAUGCAUAAUGUUCUGACUGCGUAGAUGCCAUAUGCAUGUGGUAACCUUCAAACUUGAGAUUAUUUCAAUUUUUACUUUUAAAUGUGCAAAAAAUUAAAAACCUGUAUUUAAAUGUUAAUUAUACAAUAUUUGUACAAUGUUUGAAUUUCUUGCCUUGAGAAAAUAUAUGUAUUAAAUUAUACACCGCUAUUAAA